AUGUGCUCCUGCUCCUCCGUGCCGCCGGCCUCCGCCCAGGCUGUGGCGGUGUCGCGCAGCGCUCGCUCUCGCUACGGCCUGCGCCCGCGCGAGAGGAAAGUCUACACAGAGGUGGAGGAGCCCCAGGACGACGACUUCUUCUUCUGCGAGCUGUGCAGGGAUUUCUACCUGGGGGAGUGCUCCGUGCACGGCCCGCCAGAGUUCAUCGCGGACGCGGCCGUGGCCCCGGGAGUGGCCAACAGGGCCCGGCUCAGCCUGCCCCAGGGCCUCACCGUCGGCGCCUCCUCCAUCGCCGGCGCCGGCCUCGGGGUGUGGAGCAACAGGAAGAAGCUGCCCAAGGGGGUGAUGUUUGGGCCCUACCAGGGAGAGGUGUCUGAGGAGAACCCCAUGAGCGAGUACUGCUGGCUGAUUUACAAAAACAAAAAGGAUCGUGAAUAUGUUGAUGCUCAGGAUGAAUCUAAGUCAAACUGGAUGAGGUUCGUCAACUGCGCGAGGAAUGAGCAGGAGCAGAACCUGGUGGCCUUCCAGCACCGGGGGCAGAUUUACUACCGCACGUUCCGUGCCGUGGGGCCCGGCUCUGAGCUGCUGGUCUGGUACGGCGAGGAGUUCGCCCAGGAGCUGGGCAUCGCCUGCGAGGCCGGGCCCUCGCUACGCCGCAGCAGCAGCAACGAGAUGGCUCCCAGGGCCACCGCCAGAGACCUGCAGCCCGUGCAGCCUCCACCAAGCGAGGAACACUGUGGAGUGGGUGUGGAGGUGACAAGGCUGCCGUGUCCUGUCUGCAACCGUCAGUUCAUCUGCCGCUCGAGUCUACAGUAUCACGUGCAGAGCAGACACCCCACUAAGCCCAGUAACAAAAGUCAUCAGUGUGACCAAUGUCCAUUCAGCACAGACUACAAGUGUAGCUUGAAGAUGCACCAGAGAACACACACGGGAGAGAAGCCGUUCAAGUGCACCGUGUGUGAGAAGGCGUUUGCACAGCUACCAAAUCUUCACAGGCACCAGAGAACACACACGGGAGACAAGCCGUUCAAGUGCACCGUGUGUGAGAAGGUGUUUGCAUGGCUAUCACAUCUUCACAGCCACCAGAGAACCCACACGGGAGAGAAGCCGUUCAAGUGCACCGUGUGUGAGAAGGCGUUUGCACAGCUACCACAUCUUCACAGCCACCAGAGAACACACACGGGAGAGAAGCCGUUCAAGUGCACCGUGUGUGAGAAGGCGUUUGCAUGGAUAUCAACUCUUCACAGCCACCAGAGAACACACACCGGCCAGAAUGCAUUUUCUCAUUCCCGUGAAAACAGAAAAGUCAGCCAUCCUGAGCAAAAAGCGCACAGCGCCGAGCUGUGAAUUAGUUUUAAACAACAGGCCACGUGAUUAGCCGAGGCUGUGCCACUCUUGAAACUGAUUUUGAAUGUGAACACGGAAACCUACGAACCCUCCUACACCUGCCUCACACUCUGUGGGGGGUGGGAGAUUAAACCGACCCGGCCACCCCUAGAUUGCAAGUGCGGAGUUCUAGGUCCCAACCACUGCACGUCCCCCCCCCACCCCCAUCACCUGGGGGUCCCUGUGUGUGUGAGUGUGCAGAGUCCCCCGUGCAGAGCUGUACUGUUGUUACCCUAGAGGGGGGCACCGCAGGGUGAUCCACCUACAGACACCCCAGUCUGCACGUCUCCCGCCGGUCUCCAUGCGCACCGCGUGCCGUCUCGUAGCCCUGCCCCGUGAGACGUACGUACAGUACGUACAGUACGUACCCAUCCAGCGGUAGACUGAACCGUGGCCGAUGACGAAGGUGGCAUCCGCUCACAAAUCUCCGAACACUCAGUCCAGAGGUCGCAACCGGGUACCCGAUACCCGUACCCUACCCGAUACCCGGCCGGGUACGGGUAGCCGUUUGCGACCCUGGUGCGGCCGGGUACGUGUAGACCGUGAGUCACUGGUGAGUAACUGUCACUCAUUUCCCAACGUCUUGUCUCUUCUCACAAUUCAAGUUCCUAGAAUCAACCCACCCGCGCCUGCAACAUGGCUUCACCCCAGAGGUCGCAAUCAGGUACCCGAUACCGGGUACGGGUACCUGUUUACGACGCUGGUGCGGCCGGGUCUGGGUAAGGAAUCAAAACCCGUUUGCGACCUCUGACUCAGUACCGUAGCCCCGAGCCAUCGCUUGCGCGAUAUUCACUUUGCUGCUGAGAGGAAAGCUACGGGGAGGAGGUGGGGGGGGGUGCUAGGAGAGGACAUCUGUGGAACGGCUGGAGAUCUGCGAAGAAGAGCUUCAUAGCUCAUCGGAUUCCUGCGGUCUGAAAAAAUAUUCCGAGGGGGCGUUGGGAGGGGGGUGUAGGUAUGAGUGGGGCAUCUGCCCUUGGAUCACCCUGCGUGUUGUUGCUGCCUCCCCCGUUGAAAAUGUUCCCAGCGUGAACUUAACCCUUUGCAGUUGCGACGACGCCGCGUGCCGUGCGUGAACGUCGUCGUCGGAACAACAAAACGCAGUAAAAACUAAAGUAACUUUAUCGGUACCGAGGCUCCCACAGGGCCACGCGGGGCAGGGAGUGUGGCACAGUUUUGGCGCCGGCUAGCGCAGAGUGGCGGCGGUCGUGUCGCUACGCUUCUCUGCGGUGAGCAACGACGUCUUUAUAACAACAACAACAGCAGUGCUGCUGCUGCCACUGCUGCGCCUCUCUAAAUAGAAUUAACGAGGGCGAGCCGCGCGCUCGAUUCGCGGGAUUCUGCGGUGAACGGUGACACCCACCCCGUGAACGGUGACACCCACCCCGUGAACGGUGACACCCACCCCGUGAACGGUGACACCCACCGACCCUGGAACUCUGCAGACGUCUCGGACGCGGGAAAGGGUUGAGAGAUUCUCUGCGUCGUCCCGGUUGCUCGCGUGAUGUCGCACGGUGGUGGCGCGCGUUGACUCUUACACGUUUAAGAAAGUUGAGCGUUAGUUUGUGAUUCUGUUUACAAUUAUAUAUGUACAUACUUAAACUAACAAAAUUUUUUUUGGGAUUUUACCAAAUAAAGUCCAACUGGAUACGUAGUAGCUCUUUUAUCAGACGUGACCACCUGGCCAUCACGAAUGAAAGCUCAACGAAGUGGCUUAUCAUUGUGUGGACAUUUAUAGCGGCCAAAUACUCUGACUGCGUGAUCUCGAUUCUAAAUGUCGAGGGAAAACCGGAGGACCUGGAGAAAAAUCCACACGACCACGGGGAGAGAGAGACGCGCAAACUCAAAAUAUACAGCAGGCGUCAGGGUCGGAAUCGAACCAACGAUCUCCUGUAUACCAGGAGAGGUAGUUAACAUCUCAACAUGCGUUCAGAGUAUUUGGCUGCUGUAAAUGUCACGUGAUAAGCCACUUCGGUGCGCUGCUGUCAUUUGUGAUAGCCAGGUCGCUACUACACAGCUCAGUGGGGGCCUUACCUGGAAAAGUAAAGUGAAGUAAAACUAAAAUCUACUAUAUUCUUGGUUCUUUUGGUAAAGUCACGUAGAAGGGAAAUAAUAAAAUAAUAAAAAUAAAACAUAAUAAAUUAUAUUCUAAUAUUAUUUUAUGUUAUUUGGUUAUAUUAUUAUUUUAUAUUACUUUAUUAUAGUAAUAUAUUCUAUUAUUUUAUUAUUAUUAUAUAAAAUAUUAUAUUAUUAUAUUUUUUCAUUACGUUUUAUUUUCAUUAUUUUAUUAUUUACCUUCUACGUGACUUUACCGAAAGAACCAAUAAGAUGAAUCCCUGCAGUCACGAAAGCUUUAAAUCGAAAUUUUACAUAGACUUUGAUUGCUUCAACCAGAAAAACUUUAAUAAUAACCCUAACCCUAAAAAUGCUUAAAUUGAUCAAAUUGAGAUUCUUACUUCCAUUUAUACGCUUUUUAGAUGUCGAUUGAAGUUCGUUGUCGGCUGUUCUCUGUGUGGAUAAUUGCCUUUGAACUUUCACAUGGGGCAUAUUCUGCCCUGGAGGGGGGUAUGGUCUGGACCAGUCUAGUUUAAACCCCCGGGUCUAGUUUAGCCGAGGACACUUUAUCCCCCCGGGUAUACUCUGGCCUGGGCCAAACUAUACCCGGGUUUAAUCGGGGCAGGGUUUUUUUUAAAAAUCCUUUAUAUUAAGUUCACUUGCUUGCUUGCUUGCGCGCUUACGACCGUGCAAAUCUUUCAGUCGUUUUUAACCCACUUCCCGUGAUCCAAUCGAGUUGACAUUUUUCACACAGACUCGUUGUGCGUGACAAUUUAUUUUCGUGAAAUUUUUUUUCCAAAAUUUUCCACUUUUUAGGAAUUUUUUUUUUUAUUUAAUUACCAAUUGCUUAAUGGUGGCCGGCAAUCAUCUGACCCAUAGGUGGCAGUCAUCUCAAGCCAGAGGACGAGAGGACUCUAGCCGCCACGCAUAUAAAGGAUUUAUAGUGAAAAACUUUGUUUUUACGGGUUAAUUUUUAGCCUGUUACACCGGUAUCUCCAGGAGGUCGGAGCGACUUACUCUGUGGUGACACUUUUCCGUGACAGAGGUUUGGUUUUUGUUGUUGUUGUUGGGUUAGAGAUCUCGUAAACAUCAACAUUGUGUCGUUAACCCACCACCCACCACCAUCGCCUGACACGGCCAUUCAGUCAGGGUUUGUCACGUAAACGAAACGUGCCAAUUGGUUACCAACUUCAGCACACACAGCGCUUGUGUGUCGGGGAGAGUGAACCCACAACAGCAUUUACAAUUGGAGUACCGGUGACGUUUCGCCGGUGAUUACAAACAACGGCGACCGGGUUCAUCGGGCGAUGUGCCAGGAUUGUGAUCCAACGCCAUCUAACCCAGCAGCAGCAACAGCAACGACGACGACAAAAACCUUCAUCACAGACACCGCUGGUCGCAAGAGACUGCGCGUGGCGCUUUGUGUUGCCGUUGCCACGAAUCGUCGAAGCGCGUUCACGAUCUGUUGUUCUCCUGUAACGCGGUGGUCAUUUCGAUUUAAAGCUUCUUUCGUGACUGCAGGGAUUCAUCUUCUUGGUUC